CAAAACAUCCUUAUGUAAAUCUUCGAUCGAGUAAAUUUUACCGGUAAAAAUAUGCAUGUAUUGUUCCGAGCGAGGUCUUAUCGAUGAGAGCUUGAAUUUAUCACGUGAGAACAAAGUAUCGCGCGCGCGCGCGCUUUCGAAGGCGCAUAAGUAUUUAUUAUCAGACGCGUUGCGAAAUUUGCAAUUUUAUAAACAAAGGAAAAGGAGCAAGAAUAGCCGAUUAUUAGCGUUAUUAGCGAUCCGUUGGCGAAGGUUGUCGACGAACGGGUUGAAUUUUCGCGGGAGAGUCGCAUCUAUCUCCGUCACGUGUUCCAUGACUCGAGCGAGUCCGACUCUACACACUUGGCAUCCAGUGCUUCUCGCGAUCGGGAAUAAAUACAAACACAGACCAAUGGGAGACCCAUUGGUAUCUACGGCAAACCUGUAGAUAACUUUCGUGUCGGUGAAAAAAAUUCACGCAACAACGCCCCGAAAUUUCCCCGAGAUUGAAAUGAGACAAGGAUCUCCUCGGGCAUCGAAUGCACCGCGUUUGAAUGAAGAAAUUAGACUAUAACCUAUAUUCGCGGAUUGGAAGGAGGAGGAAAGCGAGUGCAAGCGACACGAACAGACCUACACGCACACAUACGUACACACGUAUGAUGACUUCUCGUUAUCGCGAAUCGUGACACCGCGUGGCUCCACGGUGCUUUUUCCCCGCUGUUUUUCCGUUUUUCCCGGGCGAUCGUGUGCGCGCGCGUUUGUGUGUAUAUCACGUGUGCAAGCUACUCGGACAGGUAACACGCGAAUAUGGAAGCCACGCCGGUCUCGACAAGCAUGCUGGACAACGUGAGCCCGCCCAUGCUGCUGUUUCUUACGACGUUGAUCGCCGGCGGAAUCGUCCUCCUGAUACGCUAUGUCGUCAACCGGCGAUCGCGGUCCAGCCUGGAGCAGGACUCGUCGAAAAAUCCGGUUCAAUCAACGUGGAUACCAACAGCACCACCAUUGAAUUAUAUACCGAUAGCGCAAGAACCACCAAUAUAUUCUAAUACGUUUCACGAUGGGAAACGUACAGUCCUCAAACGAAAAAGUAGACAGGUCAAUCCAGCUCCUGCUCAUCCCUGGUUUUGUGGUACGUUUAGAGGACAUACUAACUUUAUCAGCGACAUGAGCUUCUCCAGCAAUGGCAAAUACGUUGCAAGCAGUGCCGAAGAUUGGAGCUCGCAACUGGAUAAGGAGAACGUGCGGGAAAUUAUAUCUCUGUAUACCAACGAUUAUUGGUAUGAUGCACUCGAAAAACAUAUAUUGUCGUCGGAUGACUUAGCGAAACGCGGAUUUCCAGUGGAAAGGCCUGAUCAUCCAGGUUGUGCAAUGAUAGACUAUACACCAUAUCCGACUGAUAGUAACAAUUCUACAUUCUGCUUUAUAAAUAUUAACAUACUAAAUGAUAAGAGUAAAGAGGAAAAGAAGAAAGAUCGAGACAGCACUAAUUGCAAUAGUAGUUCCGAACAUGAGCAAGAAAAUUUGACGAGGGAGAAAAAGAUUAAGGAUAAGAUGAAAAAAUCGGACGAUAAUGAUUCAGACAGCGCGGAGAAGUGCGAUUCAUUGUCGCAGCAGCGGAAGAGAGAAUGUGCGAGAUGCCAUAAGCUAUUUUGCAUCGAUAGCACAGGGAAAUGUUUGUAUAAACAGCGUUGCAUCUAUCAUUGGGGCAAAUUAUUCGACGGAAGGACCAACGGCCAGAUGGAUCGUAAAUAUUGGACAUGCUGUAAAGGCUUGGAAUUUUCGACCGGUUGCGAGACAGGAGUACACGUGUCGGUCGGCUUGUCACCCGGACUCAACGGACCUUUGAAGGGCUAUGUCCGUACAUUGCCUCUUAACCGUUUUAAUAAUAAAUAUAGAAUCUGUGCUUUAGAUUGCGAGAUGUGUUACACAGAAUAUGGUUUCGAGCUUACUAGAGUCACUGUUAUCAGUCUGGAGGGCAAAGUAAUAUGCAAUGAUUUCGUUAAACCAAAUAGCCAAAUAUUAGAUUACAACACUAGAUUCAGCGGUAUCACGGAAGAGCAUAUGAAGCAGAAAAGCACCCUGACUCUCGGACAAGUUCAAAGAAAAUUGUUAACCUUGAUCAGCGCCGAGACAAUCGUGAUCGGUCAUAAUUUGGCGAGUGAUUUUAGAGCACUACAUAUAAUUCAUAAAAAAGUUGUCGAUACGACAGUUCUUAUUCCUGAUCCUAGAGGAUUCCCCUAUACUUUAGGAUUAAAGGCUUUGGCGCGGAGAUUGCUCCAACGAAACAUACAAGAGAAUACGCAUGAUUCCCGCGAGGAUGCCCAGGCCGCUUUGGAUCUGGCGCUGCAUUAUAUAAGUACGAAUAAGUAAAAAUCGCGUCGACAACUAAAAAAUCUGUGUAAAGAAAAAGAAUCUCCGUUAAUCUUGCGUUUUAAAAUCCUUAACCUUUAAUUUUAUCUUUCUAACAUAAUCAUAUUUGACUGUAAAGAGUUUCUGAUCAAUUUUUAAUCAUCGUUAGAAAGAUAAAGUUAUCGGAAUAUUAUUGAAAUUCUGCUUUUGGUAUUUUUAUAUUCACGCAUGUACAGUUCAUAUUGUAUAAGAGUUCAUUACUAAUAUUUUAUAUUUUGUACAA